GGGAUGGGGAUCAAUUACAAACAAUGAGAGCUGUAGGUAGCUGAUAUCUAUGACAGUGACGUGGAUUACCUGACCUAACUCUCAUGUUUGUAUGGUAAUCAGGAAUGAGACUGACAUGGUUAGGGAAACAUAGAGGAUGUGACACUCAAAUAAAUGAUAUUAAUGUAGAGAAACUUGAUUUGUAUACGGUGGAUUGAUUCCGAUGUGUUUGAAAUGUAAGACAUGACAGCGAGGAUGGGAAUGUGUAGUGUUUACAGUCGGAGAUUACAGCAAGGCAACGGCCAUAACAUACUCAUCAACGUGAUCGAGCCAACAAGUACUGGGGUACCUGAGACAGUUGUCUGUAACACCAGUGCCAGAGAUAACUCCGACAACCAUCGCCACGACAGUCCUGACAGCAAACUCGACAACAGUUUAGAUAUUCCACAUAACAAUGGCAAUAAACCUACAGUCAAAGGUGACGUGUGAUGUCAUGAUAAGUUACAACAUCAAGGACAUCGACUUUGUCAGAAGAAUCAAAGCUACGUUUGAGGAGCAGGGAUGGAAAGUUUGGUACUCUGACCCAAACCUGGAUGCCAAACUGAAUCUGAGUCAGAAAGGGGAGGCAAUUCUCAGUUGUAAGGUGUUUGUCAUAGUAAUCAGUGAGGCCACAGCCAAGGAUUCCCACUGUCAGGAUGAACUAGCUCUUGCCUAUAUCUCCAACUCUAACAUCUUCCCGCUUGGCCUGAGUAAAUUCAGGGACAUCAACCCCCACCUAGAUGGGGGCAUAAAGCUGAUGUUGGCAAAGAUAAACUGGACAUUCUUCUUCAAAGAAGAUCUGUGGAAGAUGAAUAUGCCUGCUCUGUUAGCCUCCAUGAGAGAGUCAUUAAUUGAUAGUGAAGGUCAACCAGAGGACACAACAGCGGAGGAAACAGGAGGGUUGCAGUUCCACGGAAUGAACAUCAACAUAAAUUUUGACAAUGACAAUGACAACGAUAACGUGUCAGGUGAGGACAGUGACUCGGAGAGCUCCUCCUCUGAUGAGGCAGAAUACACACGACCUACUACUGCGGCAACCUCGCGAUCGGUACGCAGUGCCAGGGGCAGACAACUCCGAUAUGACUUCUGGGAUCGCAAUUUCAAAGACAAGUCGGAAAUUCCUUGGACAACGUUUCGUCAGAAAUUUGAUAAUGACUAUAAAAGAAAAAUUAUCAUGAAAUAUUCAGAAGAUAAACUGAAGUUCUUUUUGAAUUUGAUGUACAAAGAUAUCUUUACUUUGAACAAGACUGUGAAACGGUCCACAUACGACCACUUCUGUGAGGGAAACCCCGACGCAGACCCUCACCGUUUUUAUAACAGGAUACAACAGUAUGCUGUAGGCUACUACGCCAUGCAUGCUGUUUUCAACAUGACAAGUACAUUGCGGCUUACAACCAUACAGAACCUAGGAAAUUUUGCAUUCCCUGCGGUGGUGAAGGGCCUUACAGAAAUGUUGCAAGACGAAGACCCCAACAUACGCGCUGUUGCCACUAUCGCCCUCGCCAAAUCAGCAAAAUCCAAGAAGAUGACGGUGGACAAGAUAAUAUGUAAGUUGGACGAUGAUGACAGACUUGUGAGAGAAAGUGCCUGUCUGGCGCUAGGCUACCUCAAGGCUGGCGGCAAGAGUGAGGUCGCAGUCGCUGAUCGCUGGAGGAACGACCCGAUCAAGUCUGUGAGAGAAGCUGCGGAGAUCGCUCUGAAGAGGAUGGGCGGCACUCUCGCCAAUAAGUGCAUGCAGGUCACCAAUGUCAUUUCCAAGGAGAUGGACAGUCUCCGCCAUAUGGAGGAAACAUAACUGACCAACGAGAUGGACAGUCUCCGCAAUAUGGAGGAAACAUAACUGACCAACGAGAUGGACAUUUUCCUCAUUACAGAGACUUAAUGGACCAGUUAAUCCCUGGACAUAAUGGUCGAUUUUACAGAAUCUCUGACCACUGGGCAUCAUAUGAUGGUCGAUUAUACAGAAUCUCUGACCACUGGGCAUCAUAUGAUGGUCAUGCACUGACCAUAAAUGUCUAACCCUCAUAAAAUUGGUUAGAUAGUAGAUCUGUAUAGCUUUGACGCAGAUAAAAUAUUAUUUAUUUUGUUGAUAUUAUGAUUAUAUUUAAUGACAUUCAUCAUUGGCUUUGAAUACUGUAGAUAUGUGGCAGGAACUGAAUACAUUGUCAUAGAAUGCAGGCAUUCGUGUUUAUAAGAUAUAUGAUUAGAAUAAGUAACGAUAUUAUGUAGAACAGAUCCUGUAUAAUGUAUACUGAGGAUUACUGUCACUGGGACCUACGUACUACGUCUGUAGAAGCAUGUGUUUCUUACAUUUCAUCUAAAACUGAACAAGAAUAAUUAAAAUGACAUAUAGCCAUUAGUAAAUCUAAUUUCAUGACCAUCACAAUUUAAUAAUGUCA